UCAGCAGAGUCCUUGUCGCCUCUAUUGUGGUGCUUCUGGCCUUCCUGGCUGUCAGUGAAGGUAAGAAUGUUUUUGUAAAUCAAUAAUUGAAUGUAACAAUAUUGAGCUAUGCUGUUGAUCAAGUUACUAUAUUCAGUUUUGCAUUUGAACUGUCACUGCUGUGCAUAUUCUGCUGUCCUCUUUUCCUCAAUGCAUCAGAGCUAUCAACACAAACUAUUGCACUUUGUGACCAUAUGUGACUCCUGUGUCCUAACAGCGAUGAGUCUGAGAAGCCCGGGAGUGGAGCUACACUGCCGCUGCAUCCAGACAGAGAGCCAACCCAUCGGCCGCCACAUCGAGAAGGUGGAAUUGAUUCCUGCCAACUCCCAUUGCGAAGAGACUGAGAUCAUUGCCACUCUGAAAAAGACAGGCAAAGAGGUUUGCCUGGACCCUGAAGCUCCCUGGGUGAAGAGAGUGAUUAAUAAGAUCCUGUCCAACAGAAGACGCUGAACAGACCAGGAGAGAUGUGCUUCAUGAGUCCGAGCCUUUUAAAAACAAAUGAAAAGUACCAGAAAGAUUUGUUCUCAUCACACUGAUCUCAUUUUAAUACCAGAAGAUUGCCUAAUGUCCUGAUUUUCAAAAUGUUGAAAAUGACAAUUUACCCAUUAAGGUUAUGUUUGUAUCAAACGUGUUAUUUAUUAACAAGUAUGUGUUUAUUUGUAAUGUCACUUGUGUGUGUUGUAGCCAAUUACUCUCUGAUGUCAUUUGGCUGCUUUAUUGUUAUCUUGUCUAAAACUAAUGAGUUCAACAUAUUUAUUGAUGUAUUUAUGGAAUUUAAAUGUAUCGGGAUUUA